AUGAGCUCGCUCAUAUCCGGAAGCGACCUGUCCCAGCAGGACCCCCAGCCCGGCUCGGAUGCAGGUGGAGAGGACCAGGACGUGACCACCAGUCCUGAGAGCGUCAAGGCGGCAUCCGGCCUACUGUCAACCAGCUCCCGGGACACCACCGGUGCCACCGCCAUGGGUACCAACGCUCGUGCUUUGAAGCUGCUCCAGAAUCUCCAACUGGUGACAAGAGACGUGGCUCCUUCCACCGACCACUCGUACCGUCCCGGUCAACCUUCGGGACUUGCGAUCACCGCCGGUCGAGAGGAGCCCAGCCAGGGGCCUGGUGCUGUGCACCUCGUCAACGAGGUGCGCAAUUUGUGCAGUGAAGCGCAGGAGAAUCUGCAAUCGUUGAACCAGGCUAUCCACCACGCGACUGGCAUACCUGGAAGGACCGCAGAUCUCAUUGGCAAUGACUUGAAGGCUGUGGCCCAUCAGUUCAUUACUAUCAGCUCGGUCUGUAAUGCGCUGGAGAACAAGUUCGACGCAGACAAGCUCCACCAUCGCCGAGAACUGAUAGCCCAGCAAGCCUCGCAUGAGGCUUACCAGGGUGGUCUUCAUGGACAACUUGCCAAGGCCAACAUGACGAUUGACGAGUUCCAGAAUCGUCUCCGGCAAAUUGAGAAGAACUCCAAGGGCGAGCUGGAGGCCAAAGCACAGAGGUUGAACGAGAAGGUCAACAAUCAGAAGCGCCGCAUCAAUGAGCAGCAGGCUCAGAUAGAGACCCUGAAGCGGAAGCUGAGCCAAGGAAGCAAGCUCAGCAAGCUUGCCAUCAAUGACAAGAGGGAGGAUGACAGCUCUCCUCCGUCGGAAUUCCCUCACUCCGCUACUUCUGAGCUCACAUACAGGCACCGCAGAAGUCCUCCCGUCCCUCAGCCAAGGAUGGGAUCAUCCAUCACCCAGCAGGACCAGGAGUUCCUCCUCAACAACCUCAGAAGCAACAUUGAUGGCCACCAGGGCUUCCCUCCGCAUCAGGGAGGUACCCGAAUGGAAAGGGACAAUCACUUCCAAGGCGGACCAGCUCCUACCGCUCCCUCGUUCGGCCAGUUCGGCCACCAGCUUCCAGGUGCUAUCGGCCCAAACAACCCCAUGGGUGGCGCUCCAGGCUACUACGGCCCAUACCCUCCUGCUCCAGCAUACAGCCAACACACUGGUGGUCCCACCCACGGACCACCUGUGUCGCAUCACAUGUAUGGAAUGCCGAGCAUCCAGCCUUCUGCGCCUCUUUCUCACCAUCGAGUUGGCCCCUCUGGCUAUGCCCCUCGCAUCCGUCCUAGCAACGCCCUUGUUCUUCGACAAGACGACGGCGACGACCCUCAGGUGACCUCGUGGAGAGAGAUAUUCCAGAAACUGUUCAAUGCUGUCAAGGGCUGGACAGAGCAGUUCGACGAGGAGGUCGCCAGUGACUCUGUUCGCCGCGUUGGACCGGACAACCCAAAGCUGUGGGGCUACAUCCUGAAUGUGGCGUCUUGCUACAAGAACUCCCAGAGCACUCCUGGACAUGCUCUGUUCCUGCUGACAUCCGAAGAACACCGGACGAAGUUCAUCACUCGCUUGUUCCUCCAGUACCUUGAGCAGGAGGUGCUUCGUUCCAAGUUCUGGCUGGGAUGGGACGACAAGCUGGACGCAUUCCUGGAAUCCUCAGUAUUCCCUAAGCUGGAGACCACUAAGUAUUCGUUCGACCAGCGCCGCGUCGCACGUGAGCAUCUUCAGAGCAUCGUCGACCAAAUCGUCAGCGGCCCCGGAUACAAGACAGAACGUGACCGCAGGAUGGCAAAUCACGCCAAAGCCCUCCAAGACAUUGCGGGGUCUUUCUAUCUGAACAACGCUCAUCAGCAGAGUGCCAUCGUGGGACUGCACAGCAUCGCCAAGAUUGCGAUAGAGGUGAGCGCCAAGAUGAUGCAGAGCCGCCUGUCAUUCUCAUUCAUCUGGAACGAGUGCGGCGUCAAGUUUAGCCACGACUCCCACCUGGCCAUCAACGAAGACCUCCAUGGCUACGCGGUCCAGUUCAACAAGCACAUGCGCGUUGCCAUCGUCGUCACGCCCGGAGUCAGCUACCGCGACGACAAUGGUCCCAGCAUCGUGGCACGCAGCCUCUUCAAGGCGCACGUCAUGGUCAUGCAUUGA